AUGCCACGANCGCUGAGAACUUCGACUCGCCAGAAAAAGAAGGCCAACUCCCUGGCGGCCAAAUCACGCCUGCCCGACUGGUUCGACAUGCCACGAGUGGCGGAGGUGACCAAAGACCUCGAGAAGGACCUGGCCGCCCUCCAAAUGCGCCACGUCUGGAACGCCAAGAGCUUCUACAAGAAGAGCGCCCUGGAGGGCGUCGGCGGCAAAGAUCUAAGCGGUGCCCGGUACUUUCAGCUGGGCACCGUGGUUGAAGAUAAGGCGGACUUCUACGCGGACCGCCUGCCGAAGCGGGCUCGCAAGCAGACCAUAGUCGAUGAGCUCCUCGCUGACCAGGAG